UACUGAAAAUUAUUUAUCUUGUUAAAAUUUUGGGAGGUUAAGCUAAGCGGAGAAGCAGAAAGCAGAAAUAAUUUCGCAUGAGAAUGAGCAGCAGCGGCACUAGUGCGAGUGCCCUAAGGCUAAGGGCGGCUAUGGUGGGGUCGAUGGUGAGUGUCUCUCGGAAUUGCUCAACGAUGAUGAUUAUGACGAGGACGAUGAUGCCUUCUCCUUCUUCUUCUUCUUCUUCUUCUUCUUGUUCAACAAGCGGAGCACCCAAACGGAAAAGCGUUGUUGUUAGGUGUGAGGUCGCUAAUGCCUUGGAAGAGUCUUCAUUGUCCACCUCAUCAGAGAAGAUUGGAGCCCGGGUGAAGGUGAAGGUCCCUGUGAAGGUUUACCACAUCCCCAAAGUUGCCGAGUUUGACCUUACCGGUAUGGAAGGUCAGAUCAAGCAGUACGUUGGCGUCUGGAACGGUAAGCGCAUCUCCGCGAAUCUUCCUUUCAAGGUUGAGUUUGUGACCGAAAUCCAAGGUCGCGGUCCUGUCAAGUUCUUUGCCCACCUCAAGGAAGAUGAAUUUGACUAUCUUCAUGAAUGACCGUCCAUGUCUCCCUCAUUAUUAUGCCACUAAAUAAUCCAUCAUUGUGUAUGUAAUCCACCUUCAUUAACUUCUCUUCAUAUUUUUGCAAUUAUCUUUUUACUCAAUCAUCAUAUCCUCUCAGCCGAGAGGGUUUAUUUAUAUAUAUAUAUAAUCCAUCAUUGUUCUCAAUAUUGUCUUUCCCCUCUCUCUUUCUGAAUCAAGCUGUUAGUGCAACGAGUACAAUAUCAACUUUGUGCAGGGCGUGAAACGAAUUCCUUCCUUCUCCGAGGCAACUUUAUAUUGCUUUUGGAUAGCAACUUCCUUCGCGGUAGGCGGUGAAGGGAGCAGAAUGAGGAUAAAAUAUGCUUUUCCCCUUUCCAUUUCGUUGGAUGCAACUUUAGAUUGUUCAAUAAAUUCAAUAAGGAGGGUUUGUUAGAUCAUUUCAAAAUCUUCUUAUAUUCUCUCUCUCUAUCUCUCUAUUCCUUGUAACUUCAGUAAGGUUUCUUUUAACUCUUUCCUUUUCCUUUUGUUACCAUCCAACAUUCAUACAUACUUUUGGAUGGAGAAGAGAGAGGAAGAAAUUAAAGAAAAAGAAAGGACAUAAAGAGAAUUGAGAGAACUGAUUUUGUAAUAUGCACAAAAAGUGAACAAGGGGUAUGAGUUUCUCAUUUUCUUCCAAUUCAUUUGAUUUGAUAAACUCCUAAACGAGCAAGGUCUACACAAAACCUUAAAUUCCCCUCCAUUCUUCUCCGUCUAAACACACCCUUAAAGCAUAUUUAUAUUGUAUUCCAUUAAGACUAUUCUAUGUAUUGGUUCUGUUUUUUUAAAUCUUCACCAUUUCAUCUAAAUAUCAGACUCAAGCAAUUAAAAUAAUGUUUUGUGUCUGCAUAUUGCUGUCACAUAGGAGAUAUGCUAUCACUGUUGGAAGCUAUCAAUAUUGAAAGCAGAUAGGCUAAAUGAAUAAUAUGAAUGCAUCGGUCAUUCCAACACUUGUGUAGACACUUCUGUUACUGCUAGUUUAAAUAGUUCUUUCAAAUCUUAACACUUUCAUCUUCUCCUCACUUAAGAUGUUUAGAUUACACCAUAUGAUAAUCAAUCUCUUUAUUUUGGCAAUGAAUGUACUUGGAUGAUUUGAGGUAUAGCUCAAUCAUUCUAACAUUCUUGUAGGGGUCUGUUUAUUUGAUAGAAGCAAUAACAUCCUUCGUCAAAUCUGUCUUUUAAACCUAUGAUUUGCAAUAUUUGAUUGUGAAGGCUGGACUCUGGUGUUUUGUGCACUUUCAUAUCUGUCUGUUGCAUGCAUGAUGCAUCAUCUCUAUUCUCUACAAUAUUGAUUAUUGAAUGAGGCAAAUAUUUUGGUUCUAUUAUUAUGUAGUUAUAUAAUUUCAUCUAGCAGUUGAAGCAUAUAUUAGUAUUUCUCUUUUAAUAUUUGUGGUUUUUAAAUUUCAUAUCUAUUGUUCUAUGCUAACAUUGUAUAGUCUGGUAUUGAAUAAAUUAUGAGAGGGCUACCUCUUUUACUUAUACUGACAGGCUAGUAGCUUUCCCAGUCCCAGGCAUUUCUUGCUGAUAUCUAAAGUAUAUUGCUUGUCCAUUUAACACGAAAUAUGAAUAGAUUUAAUUAGUUGAAUUAUUAUAAUAAAGGCUUAUUUUUGUUUGUAGAAAUGAAUACUCUAUCUCUUAUAUCUCUCUUUAUCUCAAUUUCUUACCGCGUAAAUAUUUGCGAGUAGUUUGGCUUUGUCACCAUUAUCCUGGCCCAAUACUUUCACAAUGUCAUGUUGUCCCUUUCUUUCUGCAGGUUUUCGGGUAUGAUUAUUGAAUGUGUUUGUAUGUUAAGUUGUGUAUGAUGAAUUAUUCUCCCAAGUAGUGUCAUAUUGCUUGCAUUGUUAUUGAUAUAGAAUACUCAACUAUUAGCACUUCAAUUAAUGACUAGUUUACUUGUUUAAUACCAUAAUAAAUAAUUGAUAUUUUAAAAUCUUAAGUUCAUUUGGGCAGAUGUCACCAAUCUGAACUGCAAGCUGGGUUGAAAUGACUGUUUUCAUUGUAAUCGACCAGCUAUAAUAUGUGUGUGUGGUUUUGCAUUUUCUUGCCUUGGAUGCGCGAUAUUUCUAACCUAAACAGUAUGCUCAUGAUAAUAAAUUAAUAAAUGUUAAAAUUUUAUUGAAAAUUUUAGUAUUUAACAGUGUCAAUGCAUUGAAUGAAUUUGUUU